AUGGCCUCUCUACAAAACCAACAGCCUCACGAAGAGCAGCAAUCAGUACCUCUCAGUCAAGCUAACAAUCUCUUAACUUCUUUCACUCAGUUCCUCACAAUAUGCAUCCAUAAUAUCCUCUACUAUCGCUCUAUCUACCCAACUCAGACAUUUCUCACCAGCCGAGCAUAUAACCUACCAGUUCAUCAGUCAAGACAUCCGAAAGUAUGCUCGUGGAUCCGCGACGCCAUAGAUGCUGUAAAGGGACAGCUCAUCCUAGGUGUUGUAGAGCGCAUUGCUAUCGUCAUAUAUGACGGACAGGCGAGAGUAAUGGAGCGAUGGAUGUUUGAUGUCGCUAACUUCCCAGCAUGGAAAGGUUUCAAGGAAGCAAAGGGCCCAAGAAUAGAAGAAGAAGACGAACUUGUCGAGGGAGCUGUCAAUAUUGAGAGUGGCAUAGAGGGAAGGGUGAAUUGGGCGAAUGUAGACGAACAACUACGUGCUACUGUGAGGAAGCUAGCAUAUGCUGCUGAAAAGAUGGCACCACUUCCAAACGAGUGUACUUUUACUAUCGCAGUGGAAUUACGAGAUGAAGGUGAAGCUCCAAUAGGGCAUCCGCAACCUUGGAUACCUUCACAGUCAAACCUACAGACGAGAUCCAGAGACAACCUAGCGCCUGGCAAAGACGUUGGGGGAGCUAAGACGACUCCCCUCCGCGCAGUAGAAGCCGGACCUCUGUUCUUUGAAUGCUGGGUUGAAGAAGGCAAAGCUAAAGAGCAAAUAUCAUCUCCCUCAUCAAGUGAAUAA